GUUACACUAGUUGGACAAACACAACUGUUCCCUGGCAGCCGAAGUGUACUGUGGAUUAUAUGCCACGUUGAUAUUACGUUUAAAUACAUUUAAGCCCCCUAAUCUAUAACCCAGCUCUUGGGGACAGGUCUUGUGGCCAUGGCGAAAGACCCGUUGGCUGAAGCUGGUCUUCAUUUUGAUGAACUCAACAAGCUGCGGGUGCUGGAACCAGAGGUGGACCAGAAGACCAGGGAGCUCAAGGAGGAGUGUGAAGACUUUGUUGACAAAAUGGGCCAGUUUCAGAAGAUAGUGGGUGGUCUCAUCGAGCUGGUGGAUGAAUUGGCGAAAGAGGCAGAAACUGAAAAGAUGAAGGCUAUUGGAGCCAGGAACCUGUUGAAGUCUGUGGCCAAGCAGAGGGAAGCCCAGCAACAGCAGCUCCAGGCCCUGAUAGCAGAGAAGAAGAUGCAGCUGGAGAGGUAUCGUAUCGAGUACGAAGCUCUCUCCAAGGUGGAGGCUGAGCAGAAUGAGUUCAUUGACCAGUUCAUUCUACAGAAAUAAGGAGCGUAUUGAAGGCCCGCAGUAUUAGUGUGCGUUUGUGACCAUGUUUCCAGGGUGCCUGUAUUAUUUUCUAUGGGUGAUAUCCACUACACUAUGGGUUCACGCCAAUCGCUCAUCUGAACACAAUAACCUUUCUUACACCCCCCCACACAAGCAAUCCAAAACUGCUCCAACUAAAUCCAGACGCGUUUUCUGCUUAGACAGACGGACUACAUGCAACGUUUAGAAGUAACUUGUCACCAGUCUUUUACAGCAAAACACAUUGUUUUUUUCACUAGCAGGUGUCUGAAGUGACAACCCUCCUUCCCAGUUAUACAUUUAUUUAGCAUUUUAAGUGUUGAACGCUUGAAUGUAUUUAGAACCUGAGACUCUGUAGUCUUCAUACCUUUCACACCACUACAGUACGUCAGACAAGCAAAUGUUGGAAGAAAGCUAUUUAUAUACACAAAGGAAUGGAUUUAUACGGUUUAUAUUAAAGGAAUUACUAUGUAUAGAUUGUCUUCCACUUGUAGGGAAGGUAAACAGCUCUAAGUACGGUAUUUGCAUGUUACUGUAAAUAAUUUCAUGAUUAAGAGGGGAAAAUAAUUUAAUUUUUUUGCUGUGUGUUGACUGUAUACACCCCCCCCUUUCCUUCCUCCCUGUUGUCAUCUUAACUUUGUUUGUUUACAUCUAAGGUACGAAUAAGUUGUGUUCGUGUUUUCUCUGAUCAUUUCACCGUUGUCUGUGGGACCACACCAGAACAUUUUCCCCUCAGGUGCCUUAUUGGAAUUUCAGGCCAGUUUUUAUAAACAAAAACUAAGUACAUUCGAAAAGUAUAUUAGUCAUUUUAUGUUUACAGUAUAUAUAUAUAUAUAUCCAGAAAUUAUCAAAAAUUCUCAUUCUCUGCAUUCAUCUUAUCUAUGUUAAAGGUUAAUAGACCUACUUCAUCAAUAGAUGAGGUACACUUGAAUAAAAUGGAUAUUUUGAUUC